UUUAUCUCAAGUUAUUAACAAUCUAAAUCAUACAUUCAACAAUGUUUCAUGUGCUGGUAUUGGGACUCUGCAUCGUGGGGUGUACAGCAGUUGCAAAUCACCCGUGGUCAUCAUGGACUCCGCUGGAUGACUAUGUUCACAGACCUGACUCCAGUUAUUCUUGGAGAGAGGUGGCAUCAUACAGUAAACCAGGGGCACAAGUCUAUGUUGUCAACAUGACGUCUCAAAUCUGGAAGGAUGCUACAGUUACAACACGAUCUCUCUGGUGGCAUUUUCUGGUGAUUGCUCUCCCAACAAAUGUAGAGCACUGGGAUGCGUCGUUCGUCUACAUCAGCAAUGGAAAUAACGAAGAUAUUAACCCACCACAUGAGAACCAAUACAGGGUGAACGCGUCUUCCAUGUAUGCAGCUGCUAUGGGGGCUCCUGUUGCAUAUCUCAUGCAUAUUCCGAACCAACAUAUGUAUUUUGUGGAUGACCCGGACCAGAUACGUCGGCGUGAAGAUGGUAUCACUGCUUGGACGUGGAUGCAAUGGCUGACUGUAAAUAAUGCCACAGAUCCAGAUCUUCUCAUUAGGCUACCUAUGAUAAAGGCAACGGUUCGGGCUUUCGACACAGUUGCGGCGUUCGCCAAGGAGAAAGACAGUCGCUACAACAUUGAUAAGUUCAUGCCAGCUGGAGAAUCUAAGCGUGGUUGGACGACGUGGAUGGUAGGAGCGGUAGACAGGAGGGUGUUUGCCAUGACGCCUAUGGUGCUCUCUAUUCUUAAUUUCAAACAGGUCCUAAUGAAACACUGGCAAUCACUUGGGGGAUGGACUUUUGCAUUCGGAGAUUUCUACACCGAAGGUGUAACUGCUCACUUCGAUAACCCGAAUCUUCAACUCAUGGCAGAUGUAGUGGACCCCUUCAGUUACAGGCACAGAUUGGAUAUGCCAAAGAUGUACAUACAAGGUGCUAGUGAUGAAUUCUUCCAAUGCGAUGACUCCUCAUACUUCUACCCUGAGAUGAAACAACCAUUCUUCCUUGUGAAUUUGGAAAACACAGGACACAACUUAAGGGGUCACGAUGCAAGGAUCUUCUCCAACAAUGUUGCCUUCUUCCACAAUGCCCUUGCUGGGCGGCCCUGGCCGAGCAUCGAAUGGGAAAUUCAAAAUGAUGAUGAAUUGAGGUUGGGUUCCAUAACAGUUCGAACCUUGGAGGUUCCAUCGAGUAUUCGUGUCUGGUAUUCUAUAACAACACAACAUGUUCAGGGUAGGCGGGACUUCAGACAGCGAAUCCUAUCAUAUGAAGGAGAGACACCUCAAGUGGUGAACAAUGAAGGACAAAUGUGGAUUCAGGACAUACCAGAUGAUAUCGGUGGUGGUGAGUAUAGGGCCAGAUACAGCUAUCCUGAAACGGGAUUCCUUGCAUUCUUCAUCGAGGUAAAUUUUCUCCUGCAAAAUCUUGAGGAGAUUCGAUUUGAUACCGAGGCUGAUAUUGUGCCACCUAUCUUUCCCUUUGCGAAAUGUUCUGGUAGUGGGUGUAUUGGACUACCUUUAUAAGAUAGCCAUAUAAACAAUGGACGCUUUUGCACUUGUAUGAACGAAAACUAAAUCAAAAUCAAUUGUUAUCUAUAAAUGAAUUAAAUGUAUUAAUAAAAUGGGUUCUGACGUUGGACGUGGACUAAUACACAUGAUUCUUUGUACUAGUGAAAUUAAAUCAUGUAUGAUGAAAAAAAGGAAACGUGGUCGCCUUUAUUUCAUCGUUAUUUCAUAGCUUUGUAACAUGAACGUGAUGAUAUAUAUGGAAU